AUGAAUAAUGAUCAAUCAUUAGAAGACAUUGACUAAUUUAUUCAUUCAUAUGUACCACAAUAAUCUAUUCCAAAUAUUCUUUCAUAAGCUAUCACAUAAGAUUAGCUUCUUGCUUAAAAUGUUAGGUUAUUACAAUAAUUACAUGAACAAUAAUCCAUUUUAAAUCUUUAAAGUUUAAUGUUACUCAAUCCUAUAGUACAAACAUAAGUGAACCAUGAAAGUAAAAAGAUUAAAAAAACAAAUAAAACCAUUUAAGUUAUUCCAUCUGCUACAAAUACAAAGGAAAAUGCAUAACAUCUUUUAGAAAUUAAAGGAAAUGUCAAAAAUGCAUAUAUAAAGAAAAUAACAUCAUUAUUAAGUGUAGAAGGUGAUAAAUUAUUAGAUGAUGAUUUUCAUGACGAUCUUGAAAUUGAAAGUUGUUCAGACCUUUAAAAAUAAGAUAAAUUGAAUGGACUGUUGAAUUCUAAUAAUGACUAAACUCAGAUGAAACAAAAAGGUAGAUAAAGUGCUAAAAUGUCAAGACUUCGUAAAAAAGUAUAUCUAAAAUUAUUAGAGAAAAAGGUAUAUAUUAUUAUGUAAGUAAGGUUUCAGAUUUAGAUUAAUAAAUUUCAGAAUACAAGAAAACAACUCGUCAAUCCUUUGAAUAUUUGACUUAGAUCUUAUAAUCACAUCCUAUCUUAAAUAGUAUGAUAAUUGGAAAUUCGGCGGCAAUUGAUUAGGUUAUGGAAUGCUCAUCUCCUGAUUAAGCCUAAUUGAUAUUAGAUUCCUAUAUAGUAAGUAUACUAAUAAAUGUAGAUGAGAUAUGGCAUAUGUGGAAUCAAGAGAAGAGAUUACUUCAAAUAUGCAGUAAAAAAUAUAUAGAAAAACUUUUUGAAGGGGAAUUAUGGUCUGUUACUUAUGAGUUGGAAUAAUCAUAUAAAUAAUUGUAAUAGACAGUGAACUAUUUGUAGAUGAUCAAGAAUUUAAUCACUAUGUAGAAAUAGUAAAGGAUGAGGCAAAGUUGGAAGAUGAUAACUAAGUGUAUAAGAUAUUGCCUACAGUUGAUAAGAUGUUAAAUCAUCGAAAAUUAUCUUAAUAGUAUAUUUAUCAAUAUUUAUGAUAGGCUAUUGUUAAAAUUCAAUUAAGAUAUUAAAAAUUUGAGAUCUCUCUAAUAAGAAGUGGAAGAAUCAGUAAAUUAAUUUACAUAAAGCUUAAGUCCCAUUUAGCAUUUAGAUUUUAUUAGGAUAUUAGAGAAAUAAGGAAGAUUUAAUAGAUUUACAAAAUGA